AUGGCAAAGUCCAGCCACAGCAAGAUAGUCUGUGCUACGCCUCACAACGACGCCCAGCGAAAAGUUACAAAGCCUCCAAUAAAGGGCAAGGCGGCCCCGAAACCAACAAGCAAUCGGCAUAUGAAGGGCUGGGUACAUGAGGAGGAUUCUCCCGACUUGUCUAACAUCAUCAUCGGUGACCCCAAGGACCCCAAGAACAUCAUCCAUGGCAAAAGGACGCGGAAUGGCUCUCACAUGAGCGAGUCACAGCUAGGGAAAGCUACAAAUCCGAUCACUCUACCAGACGACGACAAUAUAUCAAUUCAGACAGCAAACGCCCAUGCAGCGUCUCCCACGGCGUCCCGCAAACACAAAGAUAGAGCAUCUACAAUUUCCGUCGAGGAACCCGCGGAUGCCACGGAAAGUGAUAAUGAGCGACUAGCCCAAGCCGAAGAGGACAACAGUCUCGCUACAGAAGAACAAAUGUCACCUAAAAAACUCAGCCGUAACAUUCUGGCUCUCAUCAGCCAUUCUUUGCAGAUCGCCGAGGACGUGUCGGCAUACAUGCAACAUACUAUCGGCCACGAGGUACAUGCACAGGAGCUAGAACGCGAUGUGGAAAAAGUAUUGACUGGCCGGGUGAAGAAGAGGAAGAGCAGUAAGAAUGUCAGAUUUGUGGCCUGA